AUGGAUGGAGUGUGUUCAGACGCAAAUGAAGAAAAUGACAAUAUAGAGAGAACUGUUAGAAGACGUCAUUCCUCAAUUUUGAAACCCCCAAGGAGUCCUCUUCAGGACCUCAGAGGUGGGAAUGAAACAGUUCAGGAAUCCAAUGCUGUGAGAAAUAGGAAAAGCUCUCGUCGAGUCAGCUUUGCAGAUACUAUAAAGAUAUUCCAGUCAGAGUCUAAUAUGAAAAUAUUGAAAAGAUCAGAAAUUGCAGAAAAAGAAGAAAGAGAAAAUGUUCUGCUUAUGCAGAAUAAAAAUCCAGAAGAUAAUCACUGUGAGAUUACUGGGAUGAACACAUUGCUCUGUGCCCCCAUUCAGAUUCAGAUGCAACAGAGAGAAUUUUCAAUUAUAGAACAUAACCAUGGAAGGAAAUAUGGAAAUGACCAGACAAUUAUUUCUUCAGAUGAAAAUCAGAUGGACCUGACAGCAAGUCACACCGUGAUGAUUGCCAAAGGUGUUUUAGAUUGCACCAAAAGUGACAAAUCCAUCAAGAUAGAUACCAAGUCAUUUCUGGCUAGCUUAAAGUUCCACACUGAAGAUUCAAAAUUGAAAAAAGAAUUAAAUGUUUCCAUGGAUCAAAAUACUUCUCCAGAAAAGAAAAUAAAUUUCAGUGACCUUAUAAAAAGAUUGAAAGUGGGAAAAUCUAAAGCUUCUCCUUCUAAAGAAUCUGAUAAAGAAAAUUGUGAACUAUCUGUUCAUGCCAAAGAAUCAAAUAAUGCCUGUUCUGUAAAUCAAAUACAUCUUAAUGUAGAUGAGAAUAGCAGUAAUAGAACUAGAAUUUUUAGAGAGCAAGAGGAUGAGAUGAAUUUCACUCAGUGUCAUAUAGCCAAUAUUCAAACUUUGGUUCCUAUAUCCAAUGAGGCUAGCUUAAGAGAAGUUAAAAGCAAUGAUAUUACAAUUUGUGGCAGUGAUUUCAUGGACUUGACAAUUAACCACACUGUACAGAUUUUACCAUCAGCAAAUAAUUUAUCUGAAAUAGAAGAUCAGACUCAGAAUGUCCGGAUGGAUGUUACAACAGGUUAUAGAGCUAAAUCUCCUGGGAAGAAGAAAAACUUUGAGAAUGAAUGGAAUGCUACAUUUCAAGACUCUAUCUUGAACCCUGAAAAUGAAAUACAUAUUACUAAAAGUCAUAUUACGGGAGUAGAAACUCACACAGUCACACAGACCUGUAACCAAGAUGUCAAAAGUUUGGCCAUGAUCUCAGAAUCUGUAUGUACCAAUUUGACUGUUCCAGAUAAAAAGACAGUUUUUUCUUCUAGUUGUAGUAAUGCCAUAGAACUGACCAAGUGUCUCUCAAGUAUGACAGAAGAGAAAAAUUUACUAAAGCAUGAUAGUAAUUAUUCUAAAAUAUGUCCCAAUUCAGAUGCCAUCUCUCUUCUUGAAGAAAAAACCUUUUAUUCAGGAGAGGAUAGCAUGGAUAUUACUAAAAGUCACACAGUUGCUAUAGAUAAUCAAAUUUUUAAGCAAGAUGAGACAAAUGUACAGAUAGCAGCUACACCAAUAUCUGAAGGAGGAAUGAUGCUCCAAAAUCAUGUAACUGUGGCAGAAGAUGGGAAGAUGGAUAUAAAUUGUAGUUCAGUUCCUUAUGUAUCCAAGGAAAGACUACAGAGGAGCCUAGCAAAUUCUUCAUCUAUUUCAUUGACUGACAGAAAGACUAAACUCUUCACAAAUGAGGAUAUGAAUUUAAAUAAAUGUCAUACAGGUAACUUAGGAAGUCAAACUCCUCUUGCAUCUGGUAAUCUAGCACAAGAGAAUACCAGGAAAUGUCACUUUCCCAGCAAAAGCUCUUCAGAUGAAUGGGAAAAAAUGACUAAAAAUCACACUGAACCAUCUCCACAAAGAAUUGUGGUAUCUGAAAACUUAACUACUACCUUGGGCAAUGAAAAAGAUCAGGUUUUGAAGAUUUCACACUGUCUUGAUAAAGACUUUCCUCAGUCAGUUGGUUGUAACCAGAAUAUAGCUAAAACUCAUAAUAUCAUCUCUAGUAGAGAUCUUGAUAAACAAGUAGCAUUGGGAAAUAAUAGAAAUACAGUUUCUUGUGAGCAAUCUUUGUUUUCUGCCACAAAGCCUUUAUUUUCAUCAGAAGGACAAUCAUUCGUGAAAAAUCAUAAUACUACUGUUAACAGCCGUACAGUGGUAUCUGUACCAGGUGAGAAUUCUAAACUGCCUGAGCCAUUGAGGAAAAGUUUAGGCAGUCCCACACCUAACUGUUCUCAUGACAAGAUGAUUAUUUGUUCAGUGGAAGAGCAAAAUAUGGAUUUAACCAAAAGUCAUACUGUUGUCAUUGGAUUUGGUCCUUCUGAAGUGCAUGACAUUGGUAAGACUAAUUUAGAAUCCACUAACAGUCAGCUAACAACAAUAAGCAGGCAGAUAGCUGAUAAAUUCAGAGAGUGUAAUAAAAGUCCUAUAAAAAAACCUGGAGUGUUUAUAUCUAAUGAUACAGAAGUAUUGGAGGACAAAACUUUACAAAAAUCUAGAUUUCUAAAUGAAAAGCAAAAUGUCAAAACUUGGGGAAGAAAAAGUAUUGGCAGACUGAAAAUUGAUAAGACUAUUUUAUUUUCAGAGACAGAUGAGAAUGAUAUGGAUAUCACCAGAAGUUAUACAGUAGAAAUAAAUCAUAGACCUUUAUUAGACAAACAUGAUUCCCAUUUGAUGCCUCUGGCAGGUACUUCUGAAACUGUUCUGGAUACAUAUGGGCAGGAUGAAAUGGAGAUGACUAGAAGUCACACAACUGCCUUAGAAUAUAAACCUGUCUCACCAGAUGAAGUAACUACUAGGCCUAUAGACAAGACUGUAAUGUUUGUAGAUAAUCACAAUGAUCUAGAAAUGACAGAGUCCCACACCGUUUUCAUUGAUUACCAAGCAAAGGAGAAAACUGGGUUUCCAGUCAGACCUAACUUUGAGCUACCUAAAAUUAAAAACCUAGGGAAACCAGAAGUGGCAUCUACUCCUGAUGAGAAGAGUGUUUUCUUUCCAGAUGAUGGAGAAAAUGACCAUCCAGCAGCAAAAGGCAUCCAGCUGUCACUACCGGGGGAAUGGUCUAGUAGUGGUUCUGUAGAGAAAGCUGUCACAUCUAUAGCUGAUGAUAACAUGAAGGUGUUUAAACCAAUGGCUUGGAAGAAUGACAGAGAUACACAAAAGCCUGUAUUUCUGAAUGAACCUCAAUCUGGCAAAAGCCAGAGAAGGAAAAGCCUUGGACUCAAAAAUGACAAGACUCUUGCAUUUUCAGAAAAUGAUAAAAAUGAUAUAGACAUCACUCAGAGUUGUGUGGUGGAAAUAAAUAACAAAAGUGCCCUAGAAGAUCGAGAGGACUCCCACUUGGUAAAAACUUCCAAAACUGUUUUGUAUACAUGUGGGCAAGAUGAUAUGGAGAUGACUAGAAGUCACACAACUGCCUUAGAAUGUAAACCGGUCUCACCAGAUGAAGUAACUACUAGGCCUAUAGACAAGACUGUAAUGUUUGUAGGUAAUCAUAAUGAUCUAGAAGUCACCAAGUCACACACUGUUUUUAUUGAUUGUCAAGCCAUGGAGAAACUACUUCAAGAGUGCCCUAAUUUUGGAACAACAGAAGGAAAUAACUUGGGUGUUUCUUUUCCUAAGAAUGACAGUUCUGUUCAAGAAAUCACUAAAAAACAAGCACUGGCCAUAGAAAACAAAAUCAUUCCUCAUGGUGAACAACUCUAUCAUAUGGUACCCUUUGUUCUUACUAAUACAUUGUCUGGGGAUCAAGAUGAGAUGGAAAGUAAAAAAUUUCAUAGCACUGCUGUGAAUGAAGAGGUUUUGGAGAAGAUUGUAGAUAGGACCUGUACAUUGGGAAAGGCCAAAAUGGAAAGCUAUAGAAUAGAUAGAAGAAAUACAGAUUUUAUGAGCAGUCCUGCAACUGUUACUUGUAGAUCCAGUGAUAAUUAUUCCUGUUUACCAAAUGCAGUUUCCUUUGUUGAUAAUUUGGAGGGGAAUAUCAUGUCCUUGUGUGGUAAAGAGAAAGAGAAAGCUAGUAAUUGUACUGUGCUGAAUGAGCUUCCUUAUGCGAAUAAUUUGGCAGCUGAAUAUUACCUGAAAUCUGAGGAACUACCUAUCUCUGUUCCUUUUCCUUUGUUAGAGAAGGCAGAAGUUACUCAAACCAAUGGUAAAGGACAGUUAGACUGUGUCAUAACACUACCCAAAGACCAAGACAAUUUGGUUAAGAAGCCCCAAAAUACAUUAGCUAAUCGAACUUUAGUAGGUAGUCAAGAUCUGGGGGAGAUGACCAGACUUAAUUCAAAGCAAGUAUCUUUUAAGCUUCCAAAUGAUCAAAUGGAGGAUUUCGUUGAUAAUGCAGAACGGAGUUUAAAGAUCUUUGUUGAUGUUGGUGUUUCUCAGCCUCAUCUCUCAACUCAGCUACCGCCAUUAACUCAAGAAGGACAAAAUGUUGUCAAUAAAGAUGAAACAAUAUUGUCUGAAGCUGGAUACAAGAAUUUAGAUAUUGUUACAGGAAAUUCCUCUGUAACCACAUAUGAAAAUGAGUCCACAAUGCUCAAUAAUGAGGAGCAGUUUACUAUACCCUAUAAAAAAGAAUUGAAGGAAAAUGUACCAACAGCUAAAUGUGGUACAGAUACAGAUGUCCGCAGUAACUCAGACUUGACAAAGCAAGUCAGCCAAACCCAUGCCAAUCUUAGAGAACCAUCAGAUACUGUGAGUACAUCUAAUGCUCCAAGUUUUAGUAGUACCAAACCAAAUCUGAAUAAUUUGAAUGGAAAAACUGAAGAUGUUUUAGAUUUUCAAAUUGUUCAUAUACCACCUCCUCCAGAACAGUUACUUGAUUUAGCAAAUCAGGCACCCAUUAUGAGUACCAUGCAAGCCACAGACAAACAUAAUAGUGACGUAGUAUCCAGCAAUGCUAGUAGCAACAAUAGAAAUGAAGAAAAUAAAAAUUCUGAUAAUGGAGCUGAAAUCAAUUCUGUACCAUUAAUGACAAUUGGAAAAGAGAAAAAUAAAAUGAGGAAAUGUUCUUUGGGAAUCUUUUUGCCAAGAUUGCCAAACAAGAGAAAUUGUAGCGUCACUGGUGUAGAUGACCUGGAGCAGAAUCCAGCCAACACAACUGAUUUAAAUCACUUAGAAACUCAGCCGGUCUUUAGCAAAGAUUCAGGCAUUGGGUUUGUUGCAGCUAAGCUGAACUUAAGUCCAUCUCAAUAUAUAAAUGAAGAAAAUCUUCCUAUAUAUCCUGAGAUUAAUUCUUCAGACUCAAUUAGCAUAGAGACUGAAGAAAAGACUUUGAUUGAGACAUACCAGAAAGAGAUUUUACCAUCUGCAAAUGAAGCAGAAGAAACCUGGACUACUCAAAAAAGAACUUGGGUACAAGAAGAAGAUGAUGAUACUCAGAAUGAGAAAAAAAUCAGGAAAAAUGAGAUCAGACUUAGUAACACUGCACAAGAUCAACAGAUAUUUGAUCACCAUACUGAAGGGGAUAUAGAUAAAAAUGCUAACAGUAUAUUGAUGAAAAGCCUAAGCAGGACCCCAUCUAGUUGCAGCAGCUCUCUGGAUUCAAUCAAGGCUGAUGGGACUUCUCUGGACUUUAGCACACACCGCAAUAGUCAAAUGGAAUCACAAUUUCUGAGAGACACAAUUUGUGAAGAGAGUUUAAGAGAGAAACUCAAGAAUGGGAGAAUAACAAUAAGGGAGUUCUUCAUACUUCUUCAAGUCCACAUUUUAAUACAGAAACCCCGGCAGAGCAAUCUCCCAACCAAAUUUACUAUAAACACACCACCUACUCCAGAAGACCUGAUGUUAAGUCAAUAUGUUUACCGACCCAAGAUACAGAUUUAUAAAGAAGAUUGUGAGGCUCUUUGCCAAAAGAUUGAAGAAUUAAAACUCUCUGCUUUGAACCAAGAUAAACUGCUGAUUGAUGUAAAUAAGAACCUAUGGGAAAAAAUGAGACACUGCUCAGAAGAGGAGCUAAAGACCUUUGGAAUUUACUUGAAUAAAAUAAAAUCACGUUUUACCAAGAUAACUAAAGUCUUUACUCACCAAGGAAAAGUGGCUCUCUACAGCAAGCUGGUACAAUCAGCUCAGAAUGAGAGGAAGAAACUUCAGGAGAGAAUACACGCGAUAGACAGCAUACUUAAGAAGAUUGAUAACUGUCUUACUAAGGUGGAAAUAGAAACUAAAUAUUUAGAAGAUGAAAAGAAAGAAAAUCCUAUGAGAGAAUGGGAUUCUGAAAUGAAAGCUGCAGAGAAAGACCUAGAACAGUUGAAAACUGAAGAAGAAGAGCUUCAAAGAAAUCUCUUAGAACUAGCAGUACAGAAAAAGCAGACCCUUGCUCAAAUAGACAUUGUACAAAAACAGACAAACAGAACUGAAGAGCUGUUGGAUCAGUUGAGCUUGUCUGAAUGGGAUGUCAUUGAAUGGAGUGAUGAUCAAGCUGUAUUCACCUUUCUUUAUGACACAAUAGAGCUCACCAUAACCUUUGGAGAAGCAGAGGUUGGUCUUCCUUUCUUGAACAAGGAUUAUAGGAAGAUUGCUGACCUGAAUUUUCAAUCUGUUUUAGAUGAGGAUAAAGCUCCUCCUUCCUCCCUUUUAGUUCAUAAGCUUAUUUUCCAGUACAUUAAGGAACAGGAUUCUUGGAAGAAGAAAUGUACAACACAGCAUCAGGUGCCUAAGAUGCUUCAAGAAAUCUCAUUGGUAGUGAGCCAUUGCAGACUCCUUGGAGAGGAAAUUGAAUUCUUGAAGAGAUGGGGACCAAAUUAUAACCUCAUGAAUAUAGAUGUAAAUAAUACUGAAUUGAGGCUUUUAUUCUCCAGCUCUGCAGCAUUUGCUAAGUUUGAGAUAAUGUUGUCUCUCUCAGCUCAGUAUCCAUCUGUCCCAUUACCUUUCUCCAUUCAAAAUCACCUUGGAAACAUUGGCCAAGAUGAAAUUGCUGCCAUUUUAUUUAAUGUGCCACUAGAAGACAACUACCUGAAGAAUGUAGUCAAGCAUAUUUCCCAAGAUCUGCUUCAAGAUUGCCGUUUCCACCAGUAG